AUUCGUCCUGGUUAGUCCGUCAUCGUCCGUGGAAAGCAACGGACGUCUUUGAACGCGUCUAACUUCGCGCGUGUUUUUUAUAUUCGAAUUCUAUAUAUUUUUAACCUAACAUACCUCGGCUAUUAGAUCGAUUUGUAUUUAUUUGUUACAGAGGUAUUUUACGCGAUCGGAGAGGUGGUGGGGGAAGUAUAUAUAUAUAUAUAUAUAUACUGGACGAAGCCGACAGCUGUCGUUCGUUGAAGCGCGAGAGUUCAAUCACUUCUGCCAACUUCGACGAGACGGAACGUCGGUAUUAUAAUAGAAAACGUUCACGAGGCGACUCAAGCAAGUCAUUUAACGAGAAAUAUCGUCGUCGGAGGAUCAUGGCUUCACAUGUAACGGACUUUUAUAACGGCAAGACCAUAUUUAUCACCGGCGGCACCGGUUUCGUCGGCAUCUGUCUGAUAGAGAAACUCCUGAGGUGCUGUCACGACAUCAAGAAUAUUUAUCUGCUGAUGCGACCGAAAAAAGGAAAGCAGAUAGCGGAGAGAUUGGAGGAGUUGACGAAAAACUCGGUCUUUAAUAGACUUAGAGAGGAGAAGCAAACUGAUUUGUUUAAGAAACUGAUUGCAAUCGGUGGAGAUGUUGGUGAAGAAAAUUUAGGCAUGUCCCCGCAAGAUCGAACAACCCUGAUAAACACAGUACAAGUUGUUUUUCAUUCAGCCGCUACAUUAGACUUUGAAGCUGAUCUGAAGAGUACGACCAACAUUAAUUUGUUAGGAACUCGUAGAAUUGUUGAACUCUGCCAGGAAAUUAAAAAUUUCAAGGUGCUGGUGCAUGUUUCCAGUGCAUACGUUAACGCAGAGUUGCACGAUGUGGAUGAAAUACUGUAUCCUGCACCCGCAGAUGUGAAUUCAGUUUUGAAACUGGUUAGUACGUUGGACGUUGCUGCUUUAGUUGAAAAAACUCCAGAGAUAUUAAAAGGUCAUGCGAAUCCUUAUACAUUUACUAAACAUUUGGCCGAACAUGAAGUAGCAAAUGCAGGAUUUCCAGCAACUAUUGUACGCCCUUCAAUGAUAAUAGGAGCAUGGAAAGAGCCAAUUCCAGGAUGGACAAUAUCGAAAAAUGGACCAGGGUUUAUAAUGGGUGCCAGCAAAGGUAUUGUGAGAAGAUUACCAGUUGCGGAAAAUCUUGUUUAUGAUUACAUUCCAGUAGAUAUAGUAGUGAACAACCUUAUCGUCGCAGCUUAUAGUGCCGAUCGGGACAGUGACAAAGGAUUAAAGAUAUAUCACUGUACAUCUAGUACAUGCAAUGCUUUUCGAUGGAACAAUGUGGAAAAGGAAGUUAACAAAUAUUUACACAAAUAUCCAUUACGAAGUGCUGUUUGGUAUCCAUAUCUCAAAUUUUUACCAUCGCUUUUCUUAUUUAGAAUUUCAGCCAUUUUUGUUCAUUUUAUUCCCGCCUAUAUUUUGGACACAGUUACACGAUUAUGUGGAGGCCGUCCAAUCCUAGUUCGCUUACAUACAAAUGUCAGUAAAUCAUUAGGACGGCUUGAGAAAUUUAUUUUCCAAGAAUGGAAAUUUAAUAAUCCCCGUCUGCUGCAAUUGCAUGAAUCACUAUCUCCAGAUGAUCAGAAAUUAUUUACAUUAGACAUUAAGCCAUUGGUUUGGAAGGACUAUUUUAUAGAUUUAAUACAAGGAGUCAGAACGUAUCUUCAUAACGAGUCGCCGAAAUCUUUACCGAAAGCACGUUCUAAGGAUAAAAUAUUGAUGAUUGCUCAUUUGGGAUUGCAAGCUGCUCUAUUAGGUUUGAUCUGGUGGUUGGUUAAAGUUUCAUUUGCUACAACAUGGACAAAAACUGGCUUAGUUGUACCAAUAACAUAUUUACUCUUCAAUCAAUUAUAAGCAGUAUUAUAUACGAUCGUUUUUAUCGAGUAAACAUGGAAAAAAGCAUUCUCAUUAUUUUUAGGAUAUACCACAUAUUAUAUUGAUAAAAUAUAAAAUUUAUUUUACACAAA